UGUCAAUAAACAGAGCAGCCUUUUCUUCAUCUUCUCCUCUACCGGCUUUGGUUUUCUUUCUCUUCCGGUUGUCGUCUGUUCGUGUGGCAGAUCAAUCAGUGUCGAAAUGGCCAAGUCUAAGAACCACACAACCCACAACCAGUCUCGUAAAGCCCACAGGAAUGGCAUCAAGAAGCCCAGAUCUCAGCGCUACGAGUCACUGAAGGGGGUGGACCCUAAGUUCCUGAGGAACAUGCGCUUUGCUAAGAAGCACAACAAGAAGGGCAUGAAGGCAGCGCAGAAGGCAGUUCAGGCGAAAUAGGCUGCUUUCCGGUCACCUCCAUGUCUGUCAGCGUUCCACGUUUCCACCAUCACAAUAAAGCUAUGCUUUGUUAACAAAA